UUUUAUUAUGGUUUGUCCCCCUCCCACUGGCCGGCUUCGCCCUGCCCAUGUUUUCUGUGUCUCAGUCCGUCCGUCUCCUGACGUUCAAGUUCGCAGGAACGUCACGUCCGCACUUGAACUUGCAGCUCGGGGGGCUCCGCCGUACCCCCAUCACUCUCUCUUCGCGAAAAAGUCAUGAAGAGCGGCGCGCAGCCCGCAGCGCGCACCGCCUCAUCCUCCGUGUGACCCGCAGUCGCGCUCUCUCUCUUUUUUGCCGUUUUUCUCCCACUUGGACGUCAGACGCAUCAAUGAAGAUAUUUCACUUGGAGUCUACCUUGUAGGAACGGAUUUCCUAAUGUGAGCUCAGCCGCAACGCCGUCACCGAACGACCAUGUCUCGCCGCAAGCAAGGCAAACCCCAGCACUUGAGCAAACGGGAGUUUUCGCCUGAGCCGCUCUCAGGCGUUCUACCCCAAGAGGACUCUCAGGACUCCCCCAGGCUGGGAGUGGCUCAGGGUGAGCCCCUGAAGGGGGACCAGGACCUGCUGACCUGUGGCCAGUGCCACGCUCGCUUCCCGCUGGCCGACAUCCUGCUGUUCAUCGAACACAAGCGGAGGCAGUGCCACGGGGGCCUCUGCGCGGACAAGCCGCUGGAGCGGCCGCCGUCCUCGCCGCUCGCCUCGCCCGUCUCCACGUCCUCGUCCCACUCGCGGACCCACCGUCAGCACACGCGCAGAGCGUGUCACCCCGUGGAGGUGGCUGUUCAGGUGUCGCCGCGGGAUGAGGAUUGUUUAUCUACACCCUUGCAAGGAAUUAUCCCCAAGCAGGAGAAUAUCACAGAUAAAGAUGAACCCAGCAGUUACACCUGCACCACCUGCAAGCAGCCCUUCACCAGUGCCUGGUUCCUGCUACAGCAUGCUCAGAACACCCACGGCUUUCGCAUUUACCUGGAGAGCGAGCCCGGAAGCCCCCUCACCCCCCGUGUGGCUGCAGCUCCUGGGAUGGGUGGUGACUGCGCCUCCUCGCAGCCCCCCCUCCAUGCCGUCCACCUAGCUGAAGGCAGUCCUUACAGCCUUCUGAGGAUGCCGGGCUCUGGGUCCGGCCGAGAUUCAGCGUCCACGCCUCGGGAAGGCCGUUACCCCCGAACGCCACCGCUGUUCAGCCCACCCCCCCGCCACCACCUCAGCCCAGAUGACCUGGCCCUGGCGACCCACCAUCCCAGCGCCUUUGACAGAGUGAUGAGGCUCAACUCAGUGCCGCUAGAACCUCCUCCAAGCAUGGACUUCUCUAGGCGUCUACGUGAGCUGGCAGGAAAUGCAUCCGGAGCUUCUCCGCCUCUCUCUCCUAACAGACCCAACCCUAUGCAAAGGCUGCUGCAGCCAUUCCAGCCAGGUUCCAAGCCUCCAUUUUCUGCUACGCCACCCCUCUCCACCUCUCAGUCACCUUCAGGCUCACGCUCCACCCCAAAUGCCAUAUCCGGUGCGGUCCAGCCAGGCACACCUCUCAAGGCAAAGUCUUGCGAGUUCUGCGGGAAGACCUUUAAGUUCCAGAGCAACCUAAUUGUUCACCGGCGUAGCCAUACAGGGGAAAAGCCAUUCAAGUGUCACCUCUGUAAUCAUGCCUGCACCCAGGCCAGCAAACUGAAACGACACAUGAAGACGCACUGUCAGAGCAAGUCUCCGGCGCUGAACGCCAAGUCAGACGAUGGCCUCUCAGCUGCCAGCUCUCCUGAACCUGGUACCAGUGAGCUGAUGGGCAGCGCCACAGAUGCCCUUAAGUCAGUGGUGGCCAAGUUCAAGAGCGAGAACAACGGCUUGAUGCCCGAAAAUGGAGAAGAGGACGAAGAGGAGGAGGAGGAGGAGGAAGAGGAGGAAGAAGAGGAAGAGGAGGAAGAGGAGGAGGAAGAAGAGGGGGAGGAAAUGGAGAGCAAGCCUUUAGUCGAGGAAGAGGGAAGAAACGACUAUCGUUUCAGUCUGCGGCUGGAGGGGGCUCGCCACCACCAGAACAGUGAAGCGCUGCACCCGCGGCGCCGGAGCUCAUCCCGGGAUCCCGGUGAGGAGGACUCUGCCAUGGAGUCAGACCGGGCGGACGACGGCACCACUACUACCAUUAACGGCCUGGGACCUUUAUCCACCGACGGCCUCUCCAGAAAGCUGUUAAGUGGAGGGGUCAGCCCCGGCUCCCUCAGCCCCCUGUCCAAGCGCAUCAAGGUGGAGAAGGACCUCGACCCCCCCACACCCACCAUCCCAAACACAGAGAACGUGUACUCCCAGUGGCUAGCUGGCUACGCUGCCUCGCGACAAUUCAAGGACCCCUUCAUCACCUUCACAGGCGGGGACUCCAGACAAUCGCCCUUCGCCUCCUCGUCGGAGCACUCGUCGGAAAACGGCAGCCUGCGGUUCUCCACGCCGCCCGGCGAGCUGGACGGGGAGCGGGCCGCCUCGGGGCGCAGCGGCACCGGCAGCGGGGCGAGCACCCCGCACGGCGGCAGCGGGAACGGCAGGCCGAGCUCCAAGGACGGCCGCCGCAGCGACACGUGCGAGUUUUGCGGCAAGGUGUUCAAGAACUGCAGCAACUUGACAGUGCACCGACGCAGCCACACUGGGGAGCGGCCGUACAAGUGCGAGCUGUGCAGCUACGCGUGCGCCCAGAGCUCGAAACUCACCCGCCACAUGAAGACCCAUGGACAGAUGGGCAAGGACGUGUACAAAUGUGAAAUCUGCCACAUGCCUUUCAGUGUUUACAGCACUCUGGAGAAACACAUGAAGAAGUGGCACAGCGACCGCACUCUGUCUAAUGACAUUAAGACUGAGUAGGCAAAGAGCAGCAUGCUGGCCGCUCCCUCAGCUAGCUCCCCGAGCUAAAGAGCGACCCUGGCUAACCGGCCGAUAAGUGAGGGGCAAGGACCACAGGGUUAGACCACAACACACAAUACAGCCCGACUGGAAGAAGCUGAAUGCAUGAUCCAUCAUUGGGGCAAUACUAUUGCAUCAAACGCAAAACUUUUUGAGCCUUUCUAUUGUGCAAUAAUUUACAUGUUUUGUAUUUUUUGUAACUGGACAGCAUGCUCAGUGUGUUUUGGCUACUUAGAGAGAAGUUUGUCCUCGGCUGGUGGUGUCGCUGUUAAACACUUAUGAUUUCUUUCACAUGAAAACGUUAGCUAUGAGAGCCCAUGCUGCAUACAGUGCAUACUGUUUUACAUAUCAUGUACAGUUUUGUGUUCAGACAUAGUGAACAGUGUCAUAUUAUCAAAGCAUCAAAGCAAGCAGGGUCACGCUUAAAACGGAUCUUUGUGAAAGAUUUUCCAUGCAAGAUUGAGAUGAGAGAUAUAUAUAUAGAAAUUGGGCUGCCUGUAACAUGCGAGGCACUGGCGCCAAGACAUGUUUCUUUUACAAACAGCAAUGAAAUGAAUACUACGGUGUGAAAUUACAACAAAGAGUGCCUUGGAUAUUUUACCCGCAUCAGUUCAUUGUCCUUUUUGCUAUAAGCUUGGGAGUUUUCAGCUGUAGAAGCCUACGGAACGUUGACGCGCACAUAUUGAACAAACAGGCCUUGCAUCAAGCGCCUGUACGACCCGGUACGUCGUCUUGUGACCUAGCGGAGCUUAAGGAACCAGCUAAAAAAAAACCACACAAAACAGGAUGACUUGUAUCUCUGUUGAAUUGUUUCUCUUCUGUUUACUGGCAUGUUACAUGCUAAAAGGACUUAGGGUUUGGCGCGUUGUGUAUUAGGCAUUUUUAGGUUUCCUGAGGAGGCGACCUCCCGUCUCCGACCAGUCGUUCUAACCAGCGGAAAGCUCUUCGUUUCCCAGAGUGUUUGUUUUCUUUUGAAAAUUACAAGUUCGCAGGUUCUUUUGUAAGUAGAGCAGAUUUCCUUCUCCGGUGUCAGCCAGGCAGCGUAGCCAGCAGCCGCUGGGGGACCACACGGUGGGUUUUAGGCGGGUUUUGGGUGAUGGUUGGGUGGGUGUAGAGGGGUGGCGGUGGGUGGAGGGUCAGGGUCAUGUGUGACCAGGUGUCUCUACAAUUCAAAUGUUUAUGUCCUUAUAGCGCUUAUUCUCUUUACUGCAUUAGAUCUUAGAAACCCUUAAGUAACGUUUUCUCCACUCACGUCGCUUAUGAUCAAACUUAAAGUCCACAGCUGAAGAAUCAGAAUUUUGUAAAACGUUUGUAACCCUGUCCACACGUUUCAGGAGAUAAAGAAGCGAGUUGCUUUCUUUUGAGUUACCAUGCUCUAGACCUCAUUGUGGUAGUUUUGUUUUUUAUCUCCAUCCUGUCAUUGUUGAUGAUAUAGCACUUGUCACUCUGCCUUGGAUUCUGUAUCUGUCUCUCUAAUCGGAGAUACAGGCGGUUGAGUAUAAAAUGAGGACCGGAUUUCAAUCUGGGACUACCUACGUGCACUGUUCAAUUUUCCCAGUUUACACUCGGGCGCUCAAGGGAAAACUUGCUCUUAUGCUGACAGAUUAGUGUGGUAUCAUUGCUUUGCAUAAAAAAAAUUGAAAAAGGAAAAAAAAAAGGAUUGAACUAGAAACUGUUGCCAGCCAUGUGUCCUCCUGAGAACUGAACAUCAGUCUGACUUUCGGGGGUAUCGCUGCAGGAACCGCCAUAGAAACAUCCUGCUCUGUACCAACAGACACACACUGCUCAUUACAGAAAGACGUUCUACGAAAUCUGAUGAAAAACUAAAAUGUGUUGUCAGUUUUUUUUUUAAAAGUAACUCUUCAGCAUCUUUAGGGGAGAACCUUUAUUUAAAUUUGUUUGAAUUUUUAUUUAGCGACUAUUGUUUUUUCUCUUUGAGACUUGAUCACUAUGUAAUGAAUUGUAAUGAACAUUUCUCUCAUCUUUUUUGCCUUUUAUUAUACACAAGUCUUCAGGUUGAACAAAAAAUUGCAUUGGGGAGAGAUUUAUGAUAUAUAAAUAUAUAGAGAGAACUUAAACACAUAGGAACAUGCACACUCAUGUAAGUUCCUAUGCUGAAAACACAUUUAUGGUCUACUUUUUUCCUGUAUUUAGAAUGGUAUUUGAAAUUAAUGUUCACUUAGCGUAGGCACUUAUAGUAUUUAUGUUGGAGCCUGUAUUUUUAACUGUUUUGCCUGUACUCUUUAAAGGUUUCAAUGUACCCUUUUUUUCUGUAGUGAAAAAAAAACAUCCCAACAAGCUGCCACCGUAUAUUUUCUUAAUUUGGCAGGAUAAUAUAGUGUGAAUAAUUUGUAUGCUUGAAAAUAAGUAUGGUUUUGAAAAAUAACACGUUGUGGUGUUCCCCCGGGGUGAGAGGUCAUGUAAUGGCCUCUUCAGGCAGUCCCGCUGGAGUCGCCACAGCGAGGUGAAAACAGGUGGUUGUACAUAUCUUUUUUGUGUUUUAGUUUGUUUUAUAUAUUUUUCUCUCCUGCCAUUUUAUAUGCAGUAAUACAAGCUAUUGUUGGGUUUUCUCGGUAGCCAACUUUUUACUGUCCUUAAACAUGUACCACCUGAUAACAUUCCAGUCGUUUUUAAAGAAGAAAAAAAGACCUGUCAUAUGCAAUCAAUCCAACAUCAAUCUGAAAAGCUGUCUUUGAUUUUUUUUGCUACAGUUUUGUCAUUUUAUUGAAUUUUUUGUUGUUGCCAAAAGAGCCAUGGUGCUUUAUAAUUUAAAUAUGGUACAUCUCAUAUGCAAGGCAUAUUCUAAAUAGACGUGAAAUCGUGGAAAGAAAAAAAAGUUUGGUACAUGUUAUCAUUGCUGAUGGUUCUGAGGUACAUUUAGGUUCCAGCCUGAUUCCAUCCUGUGUUCUGUAUUUACUCUCAAACUAUUUGUUCUGAGCUGAACUUGAAGUUGACCUACGGCAUAUUGGUCAGCGUUAUUUAUUAUGACUAUACAUACACACGCGCUCUGUUCAGAACGGAGUCGUAGCAAAAGAAGUCCUUUCAUCCUCUCCCUCCUGAUGGUUUCAUUUCUCUGUGUGAUGACCAAAGGUCAUUGACCAACAUUAAUGAGUUUUUGCUCAAAUUACACACUUGGUUGUUGUUGUUAUUUUACAGUCAUGGAGAUGCCACUCUAUUUUCAGCUGUUGUCUGCAUUCUUCUCUUCACUCAGCCAUUUUGUCUUGAAAAAAAUAAAAAGUAUUACAUACA